UCCUGCCGAACCGAAAGCGCAUCAGCUAACUCACAGAUGACCCGCAGUAGAAUGACGGAGAGUGACUCGCGCGUCCGGAACGCGGGUGUGUUUGUCGAGCUCUGCGUUCAUCUGAACGGACCCCUGCUCUCCAUCUCGCCGAGAUCAGUCUGAGCGUCUGGCAACUUCUGCAAACCUGUCUGCACGGACUCUCUCUCGGACUGACAGCGCGCUCCUGCUCUGUAGUUGCAUGUGUGGAUGAGAAGAGCUUCUGCAGACUAGAUCGUCUCUGCUAAAAGUCUCACCGACGCGUGUUAGAAUGAACCCUAAACACUGACUGGCUGAUUUGUGUCUCUCCGGCGGCGCAGUCCACAGUUAUUGACCGUAGUGCGGACAUUCACACCACUGACAGAAGAUCGUGGACAUCUCAACACUUGCUCCACUGUCUGACAUCAGCCGCGUCGGGAAGAGCCGAGCCACAGAUGUGAAUGAAAGUCGACUAAAGCAAGAGGAAUAUACGUGUCCGAGUGUGCUGUAGUGAUGCUGCAAGUGGAAAUGAUCAUAUUCGUGGGUGUGAUUCUGUGGAUGUGUGUAUUUAGUCAAGAGCCCAGCUCAAAGGUGAUGGCCGAUCGAUACGCUGUCUACUGGAACCGAACCAACCCCAGGUUUCACCGUGGAGACUAUCACAUCGACGUCUGUAUAAACGACUACCUGGACGUCUACUGUCCACACUACGAGGAAUCGGUCCCUGAGGAGAGAGCGGAGCGCUAUGUGCUCUACAUGGUCAACUACGACGGCUACAGCACAUGUGACCACACGGCCAAAGGCUUCAAGCGCUGGGAGUGCAACCGGCCGCACUCGCCCAAUGGCCCGCUCAAGUUCUCCGAGAAGUUCCAGCUCUUCACGCCCUUCUCGCUGGGCUUCGAGUUCCGGCCAGGCCGAGAGUAUUACUACAUCUCAUCCAUGAUCACAGAAACCGGGAGAAGGUCGUGUCUCAAGCUGAAAGUGUACGUGAGACCACCGAAUGGCUGCGAGAAAACCAUAGGCGUUCAUGACCGCGUUUUUGUCGAUGACAAAGUAGGCAAUGCAUUAGAACCAAGAGAUGACACCAGUCACGAGGCUGAACCGUCCCGGAGCGACGUGUCGACUUCAGGCCUGUGGCACCAAACGUCACGCCCCCUGCUGGCCCUGCUGCUGCUCUGCAUCUCUGUGUUCUUCACCUUAUAGCCCCUCACCUGCCCCUCAAGCAGCCCUCGGGAGACCCCACGUGUCCCGGUGCCGGGGAGGGCUUGAGAUUCACCAGGAACACUUCUGCUGCGCUUUUGUUUUGUUUUCCAAUAUUUAAGUGGUCCUUCGCUGUCUUUGAUUAAGAAAAGUCAAUUAGCUGCGCAAAGAAGAAAUUCAGAUCGCCUGUUUAACCAACCAACCAAUCAACUGCGGUGGCCGGUCGCUGCGGAUUGGCUGCCAGGAGGAAGGGGGCGGAGUCUCAGAUUUGAUUUGGGUCCAUUGGGAGCGAGUCGCUCUUUUGUGGGAAAUUAGAGCACGUGUUAAGAAACGCCGGAGGCCCUGUGAGAACUGAAGGUUUAUAGGUGGGUGUCACAUAAAACAGACAUAAACAUCAACCCGAGUUCACCGGCUCUGCUGUUAGCGAUAUAUAUAUAUAUAUACACACACACACACACACACACACACACACACACACAAAGACUCUCGCCUUUCGUCCUUCGUCUGCCUUUCCCUAACAAAUUGCAGAAUCCAUCGGAAGAAACGGUCUGUUAUGCGUCUCGCCACAGGAUCUUUCCCAAUUGAAGGAAGACGUUGGUUAGUCUGAAUUUGCUUUUGAUUCUCUACUGCAAUUUGAGGGACUUGUCUUAGUAGACCACACCACUAAAAACAAUGAUUUUGUAUUUUGUAAGAUAAACUUAACUGCAACAUAAAUAUCUAUAUUUUUCCUAUGACCUUUUAUCAAUUGAUAUGAGAUAUCAACAUUAACGGAUCAUGGAAAUUCUUUUCUUGUCAUAACUGUGUGUCCGACUCCAUUAGGAACCAAAUAUGGAAAGGGGCUCCGCAUGAUGUUUUUCCCUUUUACAUGGGUGGAAAAAAUAAGCAUUUGUUUGAAUAGGCCUUAUACUGUACACUAUACUAAUAUCUCCUGGAAGUGCUUUGAAUUCAGCAUUUCGAUCGGGGAAAUAAAGUCUAGUUUCAUUUGUUUAUUUCAUUAAUGCAUCUGUUUGUUCUGUAGCUGUUAAUUGGUGCAGUUCUGACUCGUUUAAUAUGCUGAUGCGACAUACGCAAAACAUUAGAACAUGGGCAUUCUCCUCCCAAAAGCCUUACAAAUGAUGGAGGAACCGAUGGGUGAAUCUCACCAAACCUGACUCAUGUUUCACUACAGAAUCAAAAAAUAAAAAUAAGU